AUGCUUCCCGUCCUGUACAUUUGCGGCGAGCUGGCCAAGCGAGGGCAUCGGGUUCGCGUGCACGUGCCGGGGUAUGGACAAAACGAGUUCGAAAAGAAGGUGAAGCAGGUUGGAGCGGAGUUCGUCCCUUUGGACAUGCAGGGCUACACCAGCGAAAGCAUCGAAAGCUCAGCAAAGGCUUCUGGCAAAAUAAUAUUUUUGUUGCUGGAGGAAGUCAUGAUUCCAGCUCUGAGAAGCGAAUUCACCAGAUGUAAGCCAGAUGCCGUGCUGGUGGACUUUGCUUCAAUUGCUGGAUGUCAAGUGGCUGAGGAGAUGGGAAUCCCGUUGGUGCUGAAUGUGCCCGGGCCACUGUCAUUGGUCCGGGCCUUCUGUGGCAUGGUGGACACAUCUACAGCAUUCAACUUCUUAGGGAUUCACAUCGGGCGGCAGCGAUUGAACACGCUGUCCUUGGUGAGAUUUCUCGGGGUGAGGCAAAUGUCCAAGUGGGGCGACAAGCUGCGUGGAUAUAUUGCCCGAGGAGCAAUGGUGCUAGUCCAGACCAUUUGGGGUCUGGACAAGACCAUGCCAAUCUAUCCCAACAUCAUCGUGACUGGCCCUGUGCUACCCCCAGCAGCCGAUUUACGAGACAAGCUUGCUAAGAACCAUCCGGAUCUCUGCAAGUUUCUUCGUGCAUCCCCAGAUGGUGUGGUCUAUGUGACCACCGGCAGUUUGGCAAAGCUUCACGACUGGCAGGUGCGUGUGAUUUUCAAAGGUCUGAAGAAGGCGAAGUACCGUGUAGUGUGGAGCUUGAAGGAGGAACUACAAGCAUUUUUGCCGGUCAAGGACGAUCCGGACUUCUUCGUCAGCAAGUGGACACCACAAGCCGAACUGCUCCAAGAUCCUUCCGUGAAAGUGGUCAUCACACAUUGCGGUUGGGGUGGUACGCUCGAAACCUUGACGGCUGCCAAACCGAUCAUCGCCAUCCCAUUCUUUGGGGAUCAGCCAGAGAAUGCUCAGCUGUUGAAGGAGUACGGUGCUGCAGAAUUGAUUGGGAAGAUCCCAACUGGAGCCGAAAAGGAGCCCAACCCCUACAAGGAGGGUUGGAUCACCGAAGAGAGCGUAUCCUCUGCCGUCAUUAAGUUGAUGAGCAACCCAUCCUAUGCCAAAGCAGCAGCGAAGCUCAUGAACGCUUCUCGAGCCUCUGGUGGUGUAGAAGCUGCUGGUGAGCAUGUGAAGUGGGCUGCGCGCUAUGGCACGAGCCACUUGAAACCAGAGAACUUUUUGCAACUCAGCAUCAAGCAGCUAUGGUAUUCGACCGGGUCGAACCCCUACAGCGGCGUGGUCGUCGGACUGAUCAGCCUGUGUGCCUGUGCAGGUGCUUUUGCAUUCUUUAAGGCAGAGCUGAAGGAGGCACAAUGCCGUGGAGAAGCGCUGAUGCUGGAGCUCUUCCGUGAGCAACAGGUCGUUGAGAGUUGCUUUCCAAAUGUGACGACUGCAGAUACAUCAGAUGCUUGUUCGAUGCUGAUAGGAAUUGGACGAGCUGCGGCGCCAGCAGAUUGUGUGACCUGGCUUGCAGCAAUCGUGACCUACUUCAGCGAGACCUUAGGGAUCGGAUGGGCCGGCGUCUUGGGAUUGGAUUCCAUGCAGUUAAAGAAAGUGACGCUGACGCCAGACUUGCGCACUGGAAGUGGUUUGGAUCGCAUGUGUUUCGGCUCCAGCCGCGCGGGGAUGCUCGCGACGCGGAAAUACGUCGGUAGUGCGCUGCUCCUGCCGCUUUGCGGGGGUUCGACUAUCUAUGGCUACAAAGAAGCCUUUGCACAUGUAAGUCCACAGGGCAGUGCCCAGAUCAAACGGCACAAGCUUCUCCGAAAGGAGGCACGGCUUGAUGAUCACCAUUUUCGGGAGCAGCUUCCAGACACCUGGCGGAAUGAGAAGGACAACAUUUAUCGUUCGCUCCCAUUCUUCCGCCCACUGGCAGAGCACGGACUAGGCGAGCCCGACGAGCGCGUGCGAGAUACUUGCCACAAUAUCCCACUGGCCCAGCCACAUGUGAUGGGAGCCAGUACCUUGGCGAGCAAUCAGGAGCAAGAUGAGCAAGGUGUCGAUCCCUGCUCGCAGUUGCAAAACUGCAGUACUGGUGCCUAUCACGAUUGCCAGGGCAGCUUAAAGGAGAAGAGCGAUGGCUCGCAAGGCGCUCCUCUUUGCACGGACUUGUCCCACGACGUUUGCAAUGGACACUAUGUGGCGGAUAAGGACUACACCAAUAACGGUCUGGGAUUUGAAUGUGCUUUGAAAGACGACAAGACCUGUGGCAAUGCUCAACUCUGUGGGGUCCAGAACCCGCCUGAAAGCUUGGGCGAGAAGCAAUGCUAUGAGCCGGAUGUCUUCAAAGGGGCUACUGAUGGCACGUGCGAAACCACUCGGACACGACCUGGACAUGAGUGCAAGACUCGAUGCUAUACAGGCUAUUCGCCUUCGGUGGCAACAUUAAAGUGCGCAGAGACCGGCGAGUUCUCGCCGACCACUUUCACGUGCGAGCCGAACCCUUGCCAAGUCAAGUCGGUGCAGAAUGCGCUUGCAAGCGGCUGCAAGGAGGGUCCCAGCUCGGGCGAAGCCACCAUCAACUCGGGGGAGAGCUGCACGACGCAGUGCAAGGCCGACCAACCGGGCUGCCGCAGCAUAGGGAGGGGGUGGGGGAGGAGGCUCUCUCCAGCGACUUUCACCUGCGAGGCUGCUUGCACGGUGCCGACCGUUGCAAAUGCGGCCGCCGGUGGCGUUUGCAAAGAGGCGAAGGAAGGCGAGAAAAUCCUGCCCUUCACCGACUGCUCGACCCAAUGUGCUGCAGGGUACACGCCUUCGGUGCGGUUCAUGAUGCUUGGUCCAAACGCCUUCGGGAAGACGAAGCGGGCUGUGGGUCGAAUUGUGAAGCGCAGUGCUUGGCACCUUGUCGAGACUUUGGAGGCGACCUUUAUGUGUGCAGCAAACCCCUGUGUGCUGCCCACUGUGGAGCAGUCCAAUGGAAAUGGCUGUAAGGGAAUAGCCGGGACAAGCAUCGAGUCUGGCCAGGCGUGCAACACCAUUUGCGAAGCAGGGUACAGCCCAAGUGUGGAGAGCUUGAGCUGUUUGGCUGCGACACUGACACCAGCCACUUUUGCAUGCAAUGCGGAUCCAUGCACCAUCCCGUAUGACAAAAAUCAGGCAGGAAGUGGCUGUAUUGAUGUGGAGCUCAAGGAUGGUGCCACCACCAUCGAGUCCUCUCAGAAGUGCCAGGCUCAAUGCAAGGAAGGGUAUCACCCCUCUGCUGUGAGCUUAUCUUGCUUUGCUGCUGGCUUGACGCCUGCUACAUGGAGCUGUUUGGAGGACGGACAUGAUCCUUGCAUACCUCCCAAGAACAUCAAGAAUGCUCCAGAGCUCACUUGCCGACAAGGUGAUUCGAUUGUCUCAGGAACAGGAUGCACUACGCUUUGUGAUAAAGGCUACACACCCAACUACAAGUCUUUAUCAUGCCACCUGGGUGAAUUCUCUCCACCCACCUACGUGUGUCAACCUGAUCCCUGUGCAGUACAUGCAGUACCCAACCGCUUGGGCAGCGGCUGCAAGGACGUGAAGCACCCUGCAUUGAUCGGAUCGGGAGCUAGUUGCACCACGCAGUGCAGGAAAGGAUUCUCCCCUUCCGUGGCGGCACAGAAGUGCUUCGCCGGGUCCAUGACGCCCACCUUUUGGAGUUGCCUCGAAGAUCCCUGCGACGCGCCCACGGGCGUGCGCCACACUGACGCCCCUUGUAAGGAAGGAAAGUCGGUGAGUUCAGGUCAAUUGUGCACGGCACAGUGUGCUGAUGGCUACUCCCCAUCGGUGCCUUCGUUGUUUUGCAGCCUCGGCCAGCUCACUCCACAGACCUUUGAUUGUGCUCCAGACCCUUGUCCCAUUCCGCAUGUGCCAAACAAACAUGGCAGCGGUUGCAAGGGAAUCCACGGCACCACCGUGAACGCUGGGAGUAGUUGCACUCCAGCAUGCAAAACGGGGUUCUCUCCUUCUGAAAGCUCUUUGCAGUGUGCUGCGUCAAAGCUCACUCCUGGCACUUUUGUUUGUGAGCCGGAUUCUUGCAGCAUCACUCCUAUUGAGAAGGCCCAUGGGACUGGCUGCAAUGAUGGCAUGCGUUCCCGGAUCACCUCAGGAGGUGAAUGUGAGGCCAAAUGCCAAGAUGGAUAUCAGCCCUCUUCAGCCAAGCUCGGUUGCUAUGCGGGGAUUUUCACUCCUUCCACUUUCACCUGUGAUCCAAGCCCAUGCACCAUUCCACAGGUGACCAACAAAGCUGGAUCUGGAUGUGCUGGAGUUCCUGAAACGGCCAUCGCAUCGGGUACCACCUGUAAGGCCCACUGUCUUGGAGGCUACUCGCCGUCGGAGUCCCAGCUCACUUGCACGGCCGGGACUUUAGCACCCGCCACCUUCGAGUGCUCGCCGGACCCCUGUCCAAUGCCAACAGUCAGCAAUCAAAAAGGCAACGGCUGCAAAAGCAUGCGGGGCAAGGUGAUCGCAUCCGGAGCUGUUUGUCAAGCAGAGUGCAUCAGGGGCUACACGCCUUCAGUCGCGAAGCUGGAUUGUUUCGCUGGCCGCCUCACCCCCAACAGCUACAUGUGCAAAGAGGACGGUUGCAAAGCAGUCACAGGUGUCCCAAAUGCUCCAUCUGUUGGGUGCCAAGAGGGUGGGCUUAUCCUUGGCGGGAAAUCCUGCACGCCACGCUGCAAUGCCUCCAGGCGGCAGGAAGGUUGUCACACAGGGGCCACCGAGUUCUUUUCCGAAUCUCUUGUUUCAGCAUGUUUCAGCCAACUGCAAUCCGCAAUUUGCACCACGUGGACAUGGGAAUGCUGCCACAAGUGA